AUGGGUCUUGUCCCGUCUAGCGGUGCGGAGUCUCAACUUCCCCGUGGUUCCAGGGUGCGAUUUUUAUUUUUUAUUAUUUUGGUCUGUACACAGAAUACAACAGCACAACCCCAAAGGAGUCCCGAGUCUGUGACUCGGGUCAGAUUGCGGUCCAACACAGGGAGCAAGGGCGACAACCUCCAGUGGACGGAAGCGAGACGCUUCGCCGCCGACGAAGUGGACGGCGAAGCGGAAGAGAAGGGUCAGAGGUCGUUUGGUGUGAGGAAGUCCUCGGUUUGGAGAGAACUACCAAUAAUAAAUUUUAAGCAGCGGUUGGUUUCUGACAGAAAAUGUCCGACUGCAGCGGAAACGUCUUCAGGAUCAGGCGAAAAAGUGUCAGGUGACAGGAAGCGGAAGCUGAUCAAGCCGAGGAGGCAAAGAGUAGGAGACGGAGACGAGGGGAGACGGCUGCUGGGUGGAGGUGGAGGAGGGAGCCGGCGCCUUGUCGCUCCACCCGAAACCAGGAGGUCAAGUCUGAGCGGAGUCCCUCCGUCCGCCUCCGCCCACGUCUGGUCGCGGAAAGCAAGAAGGAUGAGCAACAUGGCCUCCAUCUUCCUCGUGCUGAGCAGCCACACACUCGGACUGGACACACACACACACACACAGGACAGCUGUGUGGAUCAUGGCAGUGAUGUGAAGGUGGACUCCCCUCAAGUCUAACAGGAGUGUGUGUGUGUGUGUGUGUGUGUAAAUGUUAAAGUGUAAAAUUAAAGAUGAUGAUGGGAUGUAUUUAAAAACAGCUUGGUGCCAUUUUAUUUUUGCUGGUGCAACAAUAAUCACACUGUAUAUUAGUGCAUCGUGUUAAUUUGACGAUAUAAUGUGAACAUUUUCACAUCUUUCUUUAAACUUGUAAGUUUAAAAAAAAAAUAAAAAAUACCGUACAACUGUGUCCCAUGAAUUAUGUAUUUUAAAGAUGACAUUUGUGCAAAUAUGUAUUUUUAUGUUGUCGUUGCGACGACAUUGAGACAUUUUGUUCCUGCUGAACGUGUUAUGAAACUGUUACACAACUUGCAUCUCCUUCCUCUCGGUUCCCAGAGCUUUGUGUCCAAUUUUGCGAACAGCAGCGCGAUUCACUUUCGGAUCCGGACCCAUUUUUAUACUCUCGCCCCUGUGCAGAGUACACGACAGGCUUUGCCUUCAGCCCCGGAGCCUCGGUCUGCCUGCAUUUCGUGUUCGGUUUGCCCCGUGUGGAUGGACGGGUGGAUGGGGGAGGAAGAGGGGUGGUGGUGAUGGGGAGGAGAAGCAUGGCGGCUUGCAUGCAGAGAGAGAGAGAGAGAGAGAGAGAGAGAGAGUUUAUUCCUGUACAUUCUAAUCCUGAAAAAUAAAAAUAACAACAACAAAAAAAAAAAUGGUGACAGCUGUUCGUGGAACAUGCAUUCUCUGUAAACAAGCGUGUGUGGAAAUUUUAAAAACACUGUGAAAUAAAAGCGAUGGAAAUUUA